UCCGCUGGUGCUCCAAUUUAGGGUUAACUGCGCUGCUCCUCGUUGACAGUUGAUCUCCCAUGGAAUCAGAACCAGUUAUCGUCCAAUUACACCACGAUAGUUCCAAGGGCGCUGAAGCAACCUCAAACCUCCCAUUGCCGGAUGCAUUUCUUCAAUUUCUCAACCAGAAUGGAAUCGACCCUGCUAUAUAUACCGCCGGUGAUUUUACCCCUCGUUAUAUUAGAUUAAAGCCUGGAUGUGAGGAGCAGCUCGAAGCAAUUGAAGCUGACAUCAGAUGUAAGCUUGAGAAAGUCGAAUGGUUACCCAAUUUUUAUUCUUUACCACCCCACAUUCAGAUUGCUAGCUCAAAGGCAUAUCAGGAAGGAAAGAUAUAUGGAAUUGAUGCAGCAUCUGGAGCUGCAGUUUCAGCUUUGAAUAUCUCAACGGGAGAUCAUGUCCUUGAUCUUUGUGCUGCCCCAGGUGCUAAACUUUGCAUGGUACUAGAACUUCUUGGAAACUCGGGUUCUGUAACUGGUGUGGAUGUGGCAAGACAUCGAUUAGCUGCUUGUAGAACGUUGCUCCAGAAAUAUGAACUUGGUGAUCACUGUCGUCUUUUUGUUGCUGAUGGAGCUUCAUUUUCUCUCAGCCCUAUCCGGGUUCAUUCUGAUUUUAAAUCUUUGAACAACAGGGAAUUUAAUAUGGAAGGAGAUGAUCUUUUGUACAAGGAGUGGAGCUCUAGGAGGCCAUGGAAGGAAAGAAAAAAGACACAAAAAGGAAGAGAAAAAGGUUCUUUGCAACCUGUUCUACACAAUCAAGAUCCGGAGCUGAUAUAUUAUGGACGGUGUGCUGGGGUUGUUGGACUGAGUAAAAGUGAAUUGUUUCAAACUGUUUCAAGCCAUGAUAUUUCACAACAUGGUUAUGAUAAGGUACUUGUGGAUGCAGAGUGCACACACGAUGGUUCAAUUAAACACAUCCAGAAGUUUGAAAACUGGGGAUGGACAACUCUAGAGCGACGGGUCUUGGAUGCAGAGAGAACCGAUGAUUUGACUGUUCUUCAGUUUCGACUAUUGACCAAUGGUUUCAAGUUACUAAAAGUUGGAGGGUACCUUGUUUACAGCACUUGCAGUUUAACUUAUGCGCAGAAUGAGGAUGUGGUUGAGAAAUUUCUUUCCCUAAAUGCAUCUGCUGAGUUGUUGGAGAUAGAUGGUUCCAAAUCUUGGCCCUGCAAGAGUGGACGGAUACCAAAGACUUUGCGGUUUGAUCCAUUAACUUGUAGAACCAGUGGCCUUUUUGUUGCCAAGUUCACAAAAGUAGCAACAUGAUCAAUUUUCCAUUCUUCUUCAUGCUGAAUGGAAUAUAAAGAUCGGGUUGGAAACGGUAUGAGAGGUUGAAAGACAAAGAGACUAUAUAUGAAGUUGAUGGUUGUAUCACAAGUUCACGCCAUCGUCUAAAUUCUAUUGAACCUGAAGAUACUGCGGUCGGUCAGUUGAAUCUUCAAUGGCUUGAGGAAAGGAACGGUGAGGUGAGCUGAUCUGAUCAUCAUUCAACAUGGAAGAGGACAAGUGUUGGAUUGUAGAAUGUAGGAAAAUGAAUACAGAUUUCUAGUUCUUUUCGUAAAUUGCAAAUUUCGUCCCUUGACUGUCACCUAAUAUGCAGUUUGGUCUAUCAAAUUUUGUUUCUAUUUAGAAUGUAUCUUUUUUUAACAUUUUAGUAUUUGAAAUUAGCAUAGACAAUG